GUAACAAGAAGACAAUGAUGGAACCAUUUCCGGAGGGCAUUGAGUCAGAGGAGAUGCAAGGAUGGCAGGCAAAUGUUGAUCAUCAGAUUUUAAAAAGUGUCAUGAUUUGAUUAUUAUUGUACUUCCGCAUUACUCUGAAAAUAUUUUUAAAUGGGUCGCGAUCCAGAGUCUGUAAAUUUAACAUUUAUAAGUAAUUGUCAUUUUCAAAUGUCAAGAGAAAUUAUUAUUUAACCCUCGUUUCACCGUAAUUCGUGUAAUUCCGGGUUAUACGGAUUGGGGUGUUACAUUUUGAUUAACGAGAAGCGAUCAAAAUGGUGAACAAUAUGGAUCACGGUUUGCCCAAGUUUUCUCUUCUAGGUUAUGAUGAUUGGAAGAUCAUGAUGGAAGCACACCUCUACGCUCUACAUGAUUGCAUGUGGAUGGUGCUUGAGGAUGGACCCUUGAAAAUCCAAAUGGAGAAUCCUGAGAGGAAUCCAGCAACUCCAGACGUAGUCCAGUACAUUCCAAAGCCCAAGGAAAAAUGGGAUGAUAGAGAUUGCAAAAAGCACAAUCUGGACAACAUCGCCAAAGUAGCCAUCUUCAAGACACUUGAUCCCAUCACCUUCUCCAAAAUCAAGCAUCUCAAGACUGCCAUAGAGAGAUAUGGCAAGCCGUCAAGCUCAAAAAUGGAAAACUACGAUGAGGAAUUUGCCAUGAUGGUCAAACAAUUCCGGAAGUUCAAGAAGUUCUUCAAGAAGGCUGACUCAGUUAGAAGGCCAACCAAGGGAAAGCCACAAGUAAGUGACUCCCCUCCUGAAUCUUAUUUGUGUUAUAACUGCAGGAAGCCUGGCCACUUGAAGUCAGCAUGCCCGUACCCAAAGGUGGAAAAGUACGGAGAAAUGGAAAGGAACGAGAAGAAAAAGAAGGCAAUGGUUGCUGUUGAGAGUGACGAGUCAUCCAGCUCAAGCUCGGAUGAAGAAGCCCUCGUCUGCAUGGAGCGCAGAGUUGAAAAGUCCAACCAAGAGGAUAGGUGGACUAUGUCAGAAGAUGACACUCUCUGCCUAAUGGCCAAAGAUGAUGCCAAUCAAGAG